GCCAAGCCACGUCUAAAAUAGAAUGCCUUUAGAACGCUAUUUGUUUUCUUACGUAUCCUUCCGCCGUGCAUGGUAACGCCGUUGCUACGGGCGCAGUUUUUCGCGCCACCAGCCGGAUGAAAUAUCAUCCGACUAUGACAGCUGAUUGCAUCACCAUUUCCGGUCUCUUGGUCAUCAUGGCGAUCAUCCUUGCCUUCACUGACUCAAUCUGUAAGUAUGUCUCCAAUCAUGCCACCUUCUCUUCUGACAUUUUGUUUUCCCUUAAUGCGCACCCUGGAGCUUCCGUAUAUGAUUUGACUUCUGACAUCUCUCGUCACCCUUUUGUUGAGCCUGACCUGGUGUUCUUGCAUGCGGGGACUAACUGUCUUCCCAUGCACCGUCCACUCAGCCGGACUCUUGAUGAUUUCAGUUACCUUAUUUCUGUUACCAAGUCUCGCUUCCCGUCAGCCUCUGUUGUCAUCUCUAGCAUCCUGCCUAGGUUUGACUCUGAGGUCUAUGACAGGAAGCGGUCUGAGUUAAACUCUCAGUUGCUUCGCCUAUGUUCUCGCCAGGGUGUGUUUUUCCUUGACAAUGGUAGCCGGGCUCGCCGGGCCAUGUUUUCUGUUGAUGGUUUGCAUUUGAGUAGAGCGGGGAACAUCAGCUAUGCCAAGUAUCUUUCUUUUUCUUUGAGCCACUACCUGCAGCUGCACCGUCGCAGCUGUCAGCAUCGCUUUACGUUGAUGGGUGAGGAGUGGCCUGGGUUGGGGACGGAUGGAGGAAGUGGGAAGAAGGACAAGGAGCAUCCAGGAGAGGAGCCGAAGUCAGGGGAGUACCAGGGACAGGUGGAGUGGGCUAGGGUAGUCCGACAGGGGGGACCUGUAGCUAGGCCGGCCCCAGGGAAGGUAGAGGGGGGUAGUGUGGGGAAGGGUCCUUCCCAGCCAAGGGGGGGACCGGUAGCUAGGGCGGCCCCAGGGAAGGUAGAGGGGGGUAGUGUGAGGAAGGGACCUUCCCAGCCAAGGGGGGGACCUGUAGCUAGACUGGCCCCAGGGAAGGUAGAGGUGGGUAGUGUGGGGAAGGGUCCUUCCCAGCCAAGGGGGGUACCUGUAGCUAGGGCGGCCCCAGGGAAGGUAGAGGGGGGUAGUGUGGGGAAGGGACCUUCCCAGCCCAGGGGGGGACCUGUACUCUUCAUCAACAACGAGUGGGUUGACUCCGUGAGCAAGAAAACCUUCCCAACGCUGAACCCCUCUACAGGGGAGGUCAUCUGUGAGGUGGCGGAGGGAGACAAGUUUUAA